GCGGGGUUCGCUUUCCAGUGAAAGGCCCCCUCUUGGACUCCUGGGAUGCUGCGGUGACCUUCUGUCAGUCCGUCCCGAAGCUUGCGGAGCGUAUCAUCAAGGUGUCCUUCGGCCAGUCUGGCGGCGCGGACGGCUUCACGAAGUGGCUGGUGAUGACGGGCUUGUGUGGCUAUGUCAACCACUUCGAAGGCGUGCUCAGCGCGCCGAACGCGAAGCUGGUCGCACUGCCGGAGAACGGCCUUGGGGACCAUCUCGUCUACUUGGAGUUGACGAAGCAAGUCAGCAAGCAGAAAGAGAUCUGUCUUUGCUACCCCGACACGCACCCGGUGCCGAAGAUCGCUCCGCUCCCCAAGGCCGUUGCGAAACGGCGUCCGAAGAAGAAGGCCGCGCCGCCGGAGGAGUCCAAGCCUGACGCCAAGGCCGAGUCCAAUCCGGACUCCAAGCCCGAGUCCAAUCCGCAGUCCAAGCCCGAGUCCAAGGCGCCAGCGGAGACCGAGGCUGCAGAUGAUGAUAUGGACUUGGGCUCCCCUGAAGAGGAUGCGGAGCAGGCGGAGCAGGAGGGUGCGGAGCAAGAGAACAAGGCCUGA